AUAGCAAGUUGGCAGCACUUUUUUUAACAGCCGAUCAGUUUUUUUUAUUCUGUUAUUUAAUUUCUAUUGAUAAGGUUUGGGCAGGGGGGCACGGCACCAGAUAACCUUCGUGCUCAAUAAACUCAAAGUUGACGCAAUGGUGCGCCUAUUUUCAACUUUACUUAUGGCCUGCCAACGCAACCAGGAUGCGGCCAAUUUCGUACACAAUGGCAAGAAGAUUGUUGGAGUAGCGUUGAAUUACAUGUGCGCUGUCAAAGCCAGGAAAGUCCCUGUACCGACAGUUCCACUCGUCUUCCUAAAGCCCACAACUUCAUAUAUACGCGAAGGUUGUCCAAUUGUCAUACCCAAAGUUUUUACCAAGGUUGCCUAUGAAGUUGAGCUGGGCGUUGUCAUCGGAUCGCGCUGCAAGAACGUAUCCAAAGAGCACGCCAUGGAAUACGUUGCCGGCUAUUGUUUGGCUCUCGACUUGACCGCCCAAUGUAAUUUGACUGCAGCACGUGCCACCGGUGGCCCCUGGACAUUGGGCAAAGGAUUUGACACUGCCACGCCAGUUUCGUCUUUUAUACCCUUUGAUGCCAUCGACAAUCCUCAUGCUCUGCCAUUGUGGCUUAAAGUUAAUGGCGAGCUGAAACAAAGCGGAUGCACAGCAGAUUUGGUGUUCAAAGUACCUGACAUUAUUUCCUAUGUGUCAAAGCAUAUGACAUUGGAGGAAAAUGACUUGAUACUUACUGGAACCCCACAUGGAUCAGACGUAUUCAAAUCUGGCGAUGUGAUCGAGUGCGGACUGGCAGACUUGUCCACCAUAAAGUUCAAUGUGUGUGACGAAUAAAUUCGGCAUUAGGACUGACAAAUAAAUUGUUUGUUAUUAAAUCUAUAGCAGUUAAAUGCACCAUUAAAUUUGCUGAUCUCUA